AUGGCUCAGAGUAAACUUAAUGACAUGGCUGGAAAGUUUGCUAAAGGUGGGCCUCCAGGACUCGGCAUUGGACUAAAGGUGGCAGCGGUACUCGGUGCAGCAGCCUAUGGCGUUUCUCAAUCCUUGUAUACCGUCGAGGGUGGCCAUCGUGCUAUUAUAUUCAACAGAAUUGGAGGUAUCCAGAAUGACGUUAUGACUGAAGGCUUGCACUUCCGAAUUCCAUGGUUUCAAUACCCAAUAAUUUUUGACAUCAGAUCCCGUCCUAGAAAAAUUUCCUCGCCUACAGGAUCCAAAGAUUUACAAAUGGUUAACAUAUCUCUACGUGUUUUAUCCCGCCCGGAUUCAAAUAGUCUUCCAAUAAUGUAUAGACAGCUUGGUAAAGAUUACGAUGAGAAGGUCUUACCAUCAAUUUGUAACGAAGUCCUGAAAUCUGUUGUCGCCAAAUUUAAUGCUUCUCAACUAAUCACGCAACGUCAACAAGUGUCAUUGCUUAUAAGAAGAGAAUUAGUUGAGCGUGCUGCUGAUUUCAAUAUAAUUUUGGAUGAUGUUUCACUGACUGAAUUAAGCUUUGGAAAAGAAUAUACUGCUGCAGUUGAAGCCAAACAGGUAGCACAGCAAGAAGCUCAAAGAGCUGCUUUUGUUGUGGAUAGAGCUAUACAAGAAAAACAACAAAAAAUUGUACAAGCUGAGGGAGAGUCUGAGGCAGCAGAAAUGUUGGGUAAAGCAAUGGGAAUGAGUCCAGGUUACCUUAAGUUACGUAAAAUCAGAGCGGCCCAGAGCAUUUCCAGAAUGAUUGCUCAAUCACAAAAUAGGGUAUUCUUACCAGGUAAUAGCUUAAUGAUCAAUCUCCAAGACCCUUCCUUUGAUGACCUGUCUGAGAAACUGACUAAGAAGAAGUAA